UCAUCAAGGUGGAAAAUCCAAUAAGCCUCAUGUGUUUCUACAGAAACAGGGGUCAUAAAAGUUCUCAUGACAGCAUUGUAGGCUGGCAGACUGAACUCCUGGAAGCUGCUGAACCAAGGAUCACCAGUGGAGAGUUCAUAAGCAUGGGUCCAACUGGCCCAACCUGGAGGACUAGCAUCACAGCAGUGAAAGGAAGUAACGACAUGUCACCCUCAUCUUGUAACACCACAAGAUUUACUCUGAAUUUUCUUACCGUCAUCAUUGCCCUGGUUGGGAUGGCAGGAAAUGCCACUGUGCUGUUGCUUCUGGGAUUCCACCUGCGCAAGAAUGCCUUCUCUGUCUACAUCCUCAACCUGGCUGGAGCUGACUUCUUCUUCCUCUGCUUCCAGAGUGUGCACUCCCUGCAGAAUAUCAUUCACAAGUUUAUCCCCAUCUAUAUCCCCAGUUUUUACACUGUCCUGUUCAACUUUGCUUACCUUGCAGGCCUUAGCAUCAUCAGUGCCAUUAGCACUGAGCGCUGCCUGUCUACCUUGUUUCCCAUAUGGUACCGCUGUCGAAGACCAAGAUAUACAUCAGGUGUCAUGUGUGUACUGCUAUGGGCCUUGUCCCUGGUGUUGAGUUUCCUGCAAGGGGAGGCGUGUAUGGCUGUCUUUAAUGGUUUCCUUGGAGGUUGGUGUCGAAAACUAGACUCCAUCAUUUUUUCUUGGUUAAUUGUUUUAUUUGUGGUUCUCUUAGGGUCCAGCCUGACUCUGCUGCUCAGGGUCUUCUGUGGCUCACACAGGAUUCCUUUUACCAAGCUGUAUGUGACCAUUGCUCUCACAGUGCUAGUCUUCCUACUCUUUGGUUUGUCCUAUGGAAUCCACUGGUUCCUCUUAGUUGAGGAAUUUCAGAAUUUUGACAUAAAUUUGCCUUGUAAUACAUAUGAAAUAGCAGUACUCUUAUCUUGUAUUAACAGCUGUGCCAACCCCAUCAUUUAUUUCCUCGUUGGCUCCAUUAGGCACUGCAGAUUCCAGAAGCAGGCUCUGAAGUUGAUUCUGCAGAGAGCCAUGCAGGACACCCCUGAGGAUGGAAAGGGUAGAGAGAGGAUUUCUUCAGGAAAGUCUGCAGAACUGGAAACAGUCUAGUGCAGCAUCUUUGAUCAGACAGAAAUGACUUUGAGAGACAGCUUUGUGUUGUAGAAGUUUUAGGUUAUAUGUAAACAUGGUUUUUAAUCCAAGAUUUUGGAUAUGGGGUCUGCUCCAAUUUGUGCACAGCUCAUAAUUGCCUCCUGAGAGGACACAUGAUCUUCAUCAACUGAGAACCACCUCGUGCAAGGACAUGGUUUUUGUCAGUGAGGAUAAAAGCCAGACCCAGAGAGAGACUGGGGGCUCCAGGAAAUAAGGCUGUUGGUGCUUCCUCCUGCUGAUCCUGGAUGCUGUUGAUGCAGUGUGACAAGAAGUCAGAGAUAUACUGAAACAAAGAUUGGGCUUCCCCAAGGACUCCAACACCCCUUAACAGCAGGAAGUAGCUAAGGAAAACUAUGUCCUUCUUCCCA